AUGGGCAUCUUCUUCCCCGGUCCGUCGGUCUGGAGGCGGCGUCAGCCCGGCGAUGACGACGACGUGCUGGUGCUGCCGACCAUUCUGCCGAAUCCCCAACUGGAUCACACAAUCCACCACAAAACCCCCGCCCACACAAAACACCCCCUCUCCGCCCUCCUCCCACUUGACCUCUUCGCCGCCGUCACCUCCGCCCUCCUAGUCUCCCCCCUCGUCCUCAUAAUCGACCGCGCAAUCGUCAUCAACUCCGUCCCUCACAGCAACACCACGCUGUCACAGGCCAUGUGGGCCGGGCUGGUCGGGUUGGUGAGGCGGCCGGGGCAGUUUGUGAGGGACAGGGGGUUUGGGUGGGUGGUGGGGUUGUAUGUUGGGACGUAUGCGGUGGCGAAUGGGGUGGAGGUUGUGGGGCAUGCGGGGUUGUAUGACCCCGCGAUGCCGAAGUUUGUGGCGGCGAGUGGGGUGAAUGUUGCGUUGAAUCUCCUCAAAGACCGCCACCUAGCAACAACCUGUGGGCCCCUCCCCUCCCACCCCGUCUCACUGGCCUCUUUCACCCUGUUCGGCCUGCGUGACACGGUCACCGUCUUCUCCUCCUUUAUCCUUCCCCCGAUCAUCGUGCCGCACCUCAUCACACAUCUGCGGUGCACGGAAAGGGAAGCGGCGGUGAUGGCGCAGUUUAUGGCGCCGGUGGCAAUGCAGGUUGUUAGCACGCCGGCGCAUUUGUUGGGCUUAGAUCUCUACAACCGCCCGCUACCAAGCACCACACCACACCAACGGUGGCAAGCGGUGCGCGCAAACUACCUGUCGACAACGGUAUUCAGGAUGGCGAGGAAGAUCCCGGCGUUUGGGUUGGGUGGGGCUUGUAAUGGGUUGAUUAGGGAGGAGGGAAGGAGGUGGCUUGCGUAG